AUGGUUGUUUUCAGCAAAUUAGCAGCCGCUGUAGCUGUUUUAGCCUAUAUCUCCUCAGCUAUGCCGACUGCCAAUACCCGCAAGGGCUUCAGUGUCAGCCAGGUUGCUAAACCUGCCGGUACGAAGACUCGUACCAUCAAUCUACCGAGAAUUUAUGCCAGUGCUCUCUCGAAGUUUGGUGCUGUCGUACCCUCAAAUAUUCUUGCCGCCGCUGCGAAUGGUACUGCUGUUACCACUCCCGAGGUCGAUGACAUAGAGUACCUGACUCCUGUCACCAUCGGUGGAAGCACUCUGAACCUGGACUUUGAUACCGGCUCAGCCGAUCUUUGGGUUUUCUCCUCAGACUUACCCAAAAAUGAACAAACAGGCCACAGCAUCUAUACACCUGGCUCCAGUGCCACCCAGCUUUCGAACUAUACCUGGUCGAUUUCGUAUGGUGAUGGUAGUUCCGCUAGCGGAAAUGUCUACAGCGAUACCGUCACCGUUGGCGGAGUCACUACCACGGGCCAAGCUGUCGAGGCCGCCAAAAAGAUCAGUACGCAGUUCACUCAGGACCAGCACAACGACGGUCUGCUAGGACUAGCCUUUAGUACGAUCAACACCGUGCAACCUCUGACACAGACCACCUUUUUCGACACUGUCAAGUCGCAGCUUGACUCGCCCUUAUUUACUGUAAGCUUAAAGCACAAUGCCCCUGGCACCUACGACUUUGGCUACAUCGACAGCUCUAAGUACACCGGCUCUCUGACCUACACCGAUGUCGACAGCGCCGAAGGUUACUGGGGGUUCACUGCCGAUGGCUACAAGGUUGGCACCACUACUGGUGGUUCCAUUCAGGGUAUUGCUGACACCGGUACCACUCUACUUCUUCUGCCUGAUGAUGUUGUCUCCGCCUACUAUGAGAAUGUCAAUGGCUCUAAGGGUGAUUCUAACGCCGGUGGCUACACUUUCCCCUGCUCUACCAAACUGCCUGAUUUCACUGUCGUGAUUGGUAGCUACGAUGCCGUUGUCCCUGGUGCCCAUAUUAACUACUCCACUGUCACUGAUGGUAGCUCUACCUGCUACGGUGGCAUUCAGGGCAACUCCGGCAUUGGUUUCUCCAUCUUCGGCGAUAUCUUCCUCAAGAGCCAGUAUGUUGUCUUUGACUCCAAUGGCCCUAGCCUUGGCUUUGCUGCCCAAGCUUAA